GACAAGUGACAAGUGCGGUAUAGUCUUUAUGUGCAGUUACGGUUAAACAACCGUGAAAAGAUUCGAUAUUAAUUGACACAAAUUGAACGCGAAUUUAACUAACACACCUCGAAAUCAUCUGAUUUAACGAGAAAAAACACGUUUCAACUUGCUUGUUUAGCGAAGAUGUCAACAAUUGCUCUAUGACGUCGAGGCUAAUUUUGCCGGAACAUUAUGUUAAAGAAAUUAGACCGCCGUCGGGCGCGCCUGUAGUGGUGAACUUCAACAUUUUAGUGGUCGACAUAAAUUCUAUCAACGUUGAAGAUAUGGACUUUCGCGUGGACAUGUUCGUCAGUCAAAGUUGGAUAGAAUCUCGACUGAAUAUGCCUCAAGACAUUUUCGAGGAAGGCGAUGAUUAUGUUAUACUUCCCUCGGAAUUUUUCGAUAAUCUUUGGCAACCAGAUCCGUAUUUUUUAAAUUCGAAAGUUUCCGAGAUUGCGACUUUAAGCCACAAAUUCUCAUUGGUCACGUUGUACCGGAAUAAGACUAUUAAAUAUUCUGCACGAAUUAACGCUAUUGUCGCCUGUCAAAUGGAAUUUCAAUUGUACCCGAUGGAUAUUCAAAUCUGUCCAAUUUAUAUAGAAAGCUUUUCCUAUAAUACAAAGAAGUUGCGCUUAAAGUGGGGCGCGGGCGGUGUUACGGUAAAUCCCGAAUUGAAACUUUUGCAAUAUGACAUCGGGAAGCCCGCGGUACUCGAAGAAACUAUAGAUUAUACGCUCGAGAAAAAUGGAAAUUUCUCUCGGCUGGUGGUCUUCUUUCGGUUCGAGAGGCAGAUCGGUCACCACUUGAUACAAACGUUCGCGCCGUCGACUCUGGUGGUGAUGCUCUCCUGGUUCAGCUUCUGGCUGGACUUGGACGCGAUUCCUGGUCGAGUGGCACUUCUGGUGACGAGUAUGCUUACACUGGUAACGAUGUUCACUGGUCUUAAGAGCGAUAUUCCACCGGUGGCGUAUAUCAAGGCACUGGACGUCUGGAUGGCAGGCUGUAUGAUGUUCGUGUUCGCGGCUUUGGGUGAAUUCGUCGUAGUCAAAGUGCUCGACUUGCGACACAUGAAAAAUGAUUCGCAAAGUUCCGUGGAAUCUCGCUCGCGAUUAAUGAUGAAGAGACAAAGCACUUGGGAUAAUGAAUUCGUUCACACGAUCAAACCCAUAAAUAAGCACAUUAAUAAUAAUCUAUUGCCAACUCAAUGGCUAGAUCCCGAAUGCCAGAUAAAGCAAACGCGCAAAACGCGCUCUCAGAAAAUAGAUUGUUACAGCAGAAUCGUGUUCCCUAUACUCUUUCUACUUUUCGUCGUUUUGUAUUGGCCAAUAAUAUUGCUUAAAAGCGCCAUAAUAAAAUGAUAUGAAUUUCGUUGAAUAUGUAUGCUAGAAUGCUCCGUACAAUCAAUAAUCGGCACUUUUUAUAUUUAAAUUUUGUGAAUGAGUCGAAGAAGACAUCUGUAUUAAUUACAAGUUUGAAACAUAUUAUAAAUUUGCAUAUGAUAGAAAAGUAAAAUGUUUUUUUUUCGGCAUA